AUGGCUUGGAAGACUUUCUGCAAAAGAUUGAAUGAAGGAGGUCUGGGAAUCUUAUCCCUCAAAGCUUAUAAUUCUGCAACCAAUAUGCAAUUAAGUUGGAAAUUCCUCAAUGGCUCUCAACAAUGGUCCAAACUUCUCUCUGGUAGGGUAAAGAGGAAUUGCUCUCUUAUCAAAUACUCUAUUAAAUAUUCUUUAUGGAGUGGUAUUAGGGAAGCUUAUUACAUAAUGUUGGAGAACUGUGUCUGGAUUAUUGGGAAUGGCAGAAUUGGGGACUGGUGGGAAAAUCAUGCUUGGCACAUAAAUCAAAAUAUUCAACUUGCCUUCCCCAAUCUGCUCCCAACAAUUGCAGAUAUUUCUCUCCCUGAUUUGGAGGUUGCUGAUGAGCUUGUUUGGAAAGGUUCAGCCAAUGGUUGCCUAAGCUUCAAGCAAGCCUACAAUCUGAUUUUGAAACCUUCUCCUUUAGGGACUUGGUCUUCUUUCCCUUGGGAUAAAGAUUCUCCUCCUGCUCAUUCUAUGAUUGUGUGGAUAUACUUGCACCAUAAAAUACCAACCGAUGAAAAUCUCACUUUGCAUGGUUUUGCUUUCCCUUCUAUAUGCUCUCUUUGUUUGGCCUCUGCUGAAACUUAUGAUCAUUUGUUUUUUGACUGUCAAUUUGCUAAAAAUAUAUGGAUUUGGUUAGCAAACAAUCUACAACUGAACUACUCCAUCAAUAGUUUCCUAGACUGCAAUAAGAUUCUGGCUGAAUCUUGGUCUCAUCAAGCUAAGGCAGUAAUUAUUGCAUGUAUUGUGGGCACUUUCUACCAAAUUUGGAAGGCUAGAAACAAGUUUCGUUUCGAGGAUAAAAAGACUCUCUAG